UAGUUCCUGACCGUUUCGACAGCUAAAUAAACAAAACAUUUCGAUCCUUUUCGAUUUCGUUCCGAUCUCAUCCCGUUUCGAUUUUCGAUUAGCAAACUGCCAACUGAAUUUGCGAAUGGAUUGAAUGUGCUAAGAUUUGUGAAGGAGAUCGCGACAUUGAUCGCUUGUUUCUCUUGCGAAGCACAAUGACGCGUAAGAAUGGCGGCCUAGCCACUGAAAUCCACCAAAUACUCUCCUCCUCGGAUUUCAACUUCCAUUGUGGGUUUGUUGAUUGAGAUCAAAUUCAUUGACUGAUCUUCCCUUGUUCCGUUUUGAGGAAACGAACUUAACUGAACUCAUGGAGGACAAGUGUGCAAUCAAGACUGAUGCCACUGAACUAAUAGGCAAUACCCCUAUGGUCUAUCUCAACAAAAUUGUCGAUGGCUGCUUUGCCAAGAUUGCUGCUAAACUGGAGUCAAUGGAGCCUUGUUCGAGUGUCAAAGAUCGGAUCGCGCUCAGUAUGAUACAAGAUGCAGAGGAUAAGGGCCUUAUAACACCAGGGAAGAGUGUUCUCAUUGAGGCCACAGCAGGAAACACCGGCAUUGGACUGGCAUGGAUUGCUGCAAUCAAGGGGUACAGACUUAUUCUCGUAAUGCCAGCUUUUUUCAGCAUGGAGAGAAGAAUUCUGCUACUUGCUUUUGGAGCCGAGUUGCAUGUCACCAACCCAGAAAUGAGUGGUGAUGCAAUUCUAAAGAUUGCUGAAGAUCUUGAAAAAUCCACUCCCAAUGGAUAUUUUCUGAGGCAAUUUGACAAUCCUGCCAAUACAAUGAUUCACUACGAAGCAACUGGGGUCGAGAUAUGGAAAGAUUCAAAUGGAAAAGUCGACGCGCUCGUGGCUGGGAUUGGGACGGGGGGGACACUAACUGGUGCAGGGAAGUUCCUUAAGGAGCAGAACCCAAAAAUCAAGGUAUAUGGAAUAGAACCAGUUGAAAGUGCAGUGUUGAGUGGAGGACAACCCGGCCGCCAUCUCAUACAAGGGAUUGGUGCUGGUAUCAUACCUUCGAUUCUGGACGUCGAAUUGCUGGACGAGGUUAUUCAAAUAUCAAGUGAGGAAGCCAUUGAAACUGCAAAGCUAAUUGCUUUAAAAGAAGGCCUUCUGGUGGGCAUUUCGUCUGGUGCUGCAGCAGCUGCGGCAAUCAAGGUCGCAAAACGACCGGAAAAUGAAGGAAAACUGAUUGUUGUGAUCUUUCCAAGCUUCGGCGAGCGGUAUCUAUCGACUUCACUCUUUGAUGCAGCCAGGAAAGAGGCAGAAAACAUAAAGUACCUCUGAAGAGACAAAUAAAUCAGGAAACUGCUUAUUAAUUUGCUGUCUAGACUUAAUAGUAGAAUAAGUUGAGAACACAAACUUCCUGUUUGGAGACAAAUCACUGGUAGAAAAUGUAAAUUAGAUAUGAUAUAAUGAAGCAUGAUGUACGUUUUGUUAGAGAUUUCGAACUCCUUCACAUUGGUAUGGUAUUGUCCUCUUUGAGCGUAAA